CUUGGUAAUGAUGAAGGUGUGACGUGUAAGCAACUUUGCUUGUUGUGCAAUCGUAAAGAGGCUCUUGGGGGCUAUAAGACCCCCAGCCUCAUCUGGUUUCUCAGAGCCUUCAGCCUGCUUUCAACACACACACACACACACACACACACUCUCUCACACAGAGGCAUGAUAUGGUCCGGGGUACUCAGCUGUGCAGAUUUCUCUUAGAGGGGUCGAGGAGCAAUUGUCAAGACAUGGACUUUAGCCAAAAGAAGCUUUGAAAACCGCUUGGAUUGGACGCUCAACCGGCUGUAGCCGACCUUGGAAAACUGAAAGGAGGGAAGUCAAAACGUGUGGCGCAAAAAAUACAUCCAGUACCAUAAUGGCGAUCCCAAAUGACCUCUCCUUUUUCAACUCCACCUCCUCCUCCCUCUAUUCAACAACAGAAGUCUAUCAGAACACCUCUCAGGCCCCCUCUGCUCCCCUCUGCACAGACUGGCCUAAGGUACCCGUGACCACAGUCAUCCCCGCCAUCUACAGCGUUAUCUGUGUGCUGGGAACCAUCGCCAACGCCCUGGCAGUGUGCGUGUUGGCUCAUGCCAGUGCCUCGAGGAGAACUGUAGCAAACACUUUCAUGCUGAACCUCUGUGUGUCUGACCUGCUUUUCCUGCUGUCUCUCCCACUGUGGGCCGUCUAUUACUCCCGGGGCUACAACUGGCCUUUUGGCUGGGUUGCCUGCAAAAUCUGCGGUUUGCUUCUCAACCUCAAUCUCUACGCGUCUAUCUUUUUCAUCACGAGCAUGAGCAUGGACCGCUACCUGGCCAUCGUGCGUCCGCUUCGUUCCCAGAGUGCCCGAGACCCCAAACGUGCCCGGCUUAUGUGCAUCCUGAUAUGGCUACUGGCAUUUACUUGUUCGGGUCCAACCUUGUAUCUGAGAGGCACUCACUACCAUGAGGGGCUUGGUGUGGAAGUCUGUGGGAUUUCGUAUCCCAGUCAUAGGUGGUAUAUGAUCCUGACCUGGAUGAAGAUGGUCCUGGCCUUCCUGUUGCCUCUGCUCGUCAUCUCUUGUUGCUACUGUGCUAUUGGUAAACAUUUGAUGGCUGAUACAGGGCUUGGAAGGAGGAAUUUAUCACGCCACCCCAGCAUGCCUUCUUUUAAAUCCCAGGAGAGCUGCAGUAAAACAGAGAGACCUCCGACCCCCUGUGUGAGCCCCAGCUCCAGUGCCAGCAGACCUCUGGAGGGCAGGGGGCUGGAGAGAGUGUUGUGGACGGUAGCUGCUGUGGUCAUGGCCUUCUUUCUCUGCUGGUUCCCCUUCCACUGUGUGACCUUCUUGGGCGUGCUGGAGAGCGAGGGCUGGUCGGACAGCUGUUGGAUAAACUGGACCAUCCAAAACCUCACUCCUCUCACUCUCUGCUUGGGCUUCUCUAACUCGGCCAUCAACCCCGUGCUGUACUGCUUCAUCGGAAACCAUUUCCGUGGCCGUCUCGGGGGCCUCUGCAAAAGCCUGUGCGCUUGUUUGAAGCCCCGUGGGGAAGAUCACAGCCAGAAGAGGGGCUCCUUUAGCACCAGGCUGAGCUCUUUCUCUCGGAAACUCAGUGACCUGAAAGACCUGGCGAUUGUGGAACCCUCUUGUCCUGCUUAGCCGGCUUCCAGAAAAGGGAGGCUUUUACUUUCCCUCCACUGGCUUCACACCACAGAGGGUGAUACCAACAUCAAGUGACUGCUGAACUCCAAUAAGCAUGGAGGUGUGAGAGGGAGUUGUUACUAUAACUGACAGCAGAGCUCAAUGCUGCACUAUAAAGAGAGACAGAGAGAGAGAGAAAAAACUAAAUGAAGAAAGAACGAAACUGUGGAAAAAAAGGGUUUAAAGUUUUUAAGGCUUGUUAGCCGAACUAUGCAACAAAGAGAUACAUUAUAAGUGCCAUGCCUAUAAUGCAGCAGUCAGCUGUGCAGCAAAAAAAGCUAUACAAACCCACUGUAUAUACCGUCUCAGUACCAGACAGUAGCUGGUGAACAUAGUGGAGCAUUUAGCAGCUAAAGAGCUCAGAUAUUUCCCCGAGGUGUUAGUGGAAACCCAAAAAUAAAGCUGAAAAGAGAUUUAAUACUGGACGUACAUUCACAGGCGUGACACAAAAAUGACGAUGUUACAUAAAUAUGCAACUGUUUGCCAACUAAUAAACAUGUCUGGGUCAGGGGGGCUGAGAUGGGAGUUACUUUGUAUUUUAGUAGGACUAGUUAAGCUGCUGCUGUUUUUUUGUUUUUGUUUCUUCAUCAUCGUUGGGUUUAGCUGCCGCCUCGUUUAUACGAGACGUUACAUUUAAUUGCGGAGAUGUUAAAUGACAAGGAAACGAGGGAGAAGCGAAGGCUAGCUGUGGCUAUCUCAGCAGCUUAGCUUUAAUUUAAUGUGCAGUUUUCUAUGAAAUUCCACAUUUCUACAUGGCAUGAUUAUAUUUUAUAUGUUAAAACAAAUGUCAGAAGGUCGGAGUCUGCUCUUAACUCCUCUUUUUGGUUGAAUGUGUCUACUGGAUUUUGUCUUUGUGGGGGGCCGAACAGGCCAAAACAUGAACAAGAUGCAGAUAUAAAGGGAUAAUUAUUAACCAGUCAUAACAAUGCUACUUUUACUGUUCUCUUCUGGACCAGAUAUUAAAUGUGUAAUCAUAUAACUUCUACAAUGUAUUGUAUUAUUCUGAAAGUAACAGUUUAGUGGAUGGAAAAUUGCUGCAUUUCUUUGACAUAAUAAGAAAUAAAGUGAACAAUAUUUCACUAAAA